AUACAUUCUCAAGACGUGAGAAAGGCUGUAGUCGGCCAGAACCAUGAUUGGAUCUUAGCAGCCAAUCAAAACAAAAGCCCAAGCCCAAGCCCAAACCAGGAUGCAACUCGCUCUUUCGGCUCCAUACAGCUCUUCGCAUACCCGACUUAGCGCCGCUUGGAACUGCCAUAUUUACCUAAGCGAGACAGCUGACAUGUGUUACUCGGGUCAUCAUCAUCCCGCCCGCGAUAGGACGCGCUCCAACCGUAAGCGUGAUGUUUGCUAGUUGGAAGAUCUUCCAACCAAAUGGUGACAG